UGGUCCUGGCUGGCUGCUGGCAGCUCAGAAGCUGCAGAUGCUUCUCCCUCUGCAGCUUGAGGAGGCAGCUCCUGCUUCUCAGUGAGCCAACACAGAAGAGAGACCUUCCCGUCACCCUACACACUCUAGGACUCUGCUGCUUGUACCCGGGAUCCCCAGAGACCCCUCAGGAGCAGGGACGAUGGCAGACAUAUUUGCUGCUCUGGUCGGAGGAGUUGUGACUGUGGCAGCUGCACCCGUGGUCCUGGGUGCCGUGGGCUUCACCGGGGCAGGCAUCGCCGCCUCCUCCAUCGCUGCCAGCAUGAUGUCCUCAGCCGCCAUUGCCAACGGGGGUGGAGUGGCCGCUGGAGGCCUAGUGGCGACUCUCCAGUCUGUGGGUGCGGCUGGACUGUCCACCUCAUCCAACGUCCUGCUGGGCUCAGCUGGGUCAGCUCUGGCAUCCUGGCUGUGGGGCUAAGAAGUAUCACUCCCUCCACGUCCAUCGAGGCCCCGUACAAGAUCAGAGAAGGGGUCCCCUGUGAGGUGACUCUUUUGGGCCUCAGGACGGCACUGCCCCAAAGACAACUCCAGCACCAUCAGAUUGUUCACAGAAGGCUGAGAAAUAAACACUAGGCUGUGGCCUCCCCUGGA